UGUGUGUGUGUGUGUGUGUGUGUGUGAUGCAGCAGUGUCCUCCAGGAAAAAGUGAACAAAACAGCGGGUGUCGGCGGAUGAGGAAAAAUGAGCAAUAAUCCGUGCGUGGCGGAGUGCUGGCGCGUGGAGGAAGGCGGCGACGACCUGGAGGAACAGCAGCACUACAUCGCCCUGUCACACCAAGGACAUGCAAGGGAAGCACAGCAGGGCAGGGGUUGAGUGGCGGGUGGUGGCCGUGGUGGUGCUGUGCUGCUCCCUGCUGGCUUACUCUGUCCUGGCCACUGUGCUGCUGUUCAGGCAGCCACAAACAGCCACCAUCUCCUCUAGGACUCGCCCAUCUUACCUCCUGUCCAGUAUUGAAGACCUAUUCGACUUCAUCACCGUCACCACCGUCAACUGCUCCAACUCACAGGUCAUCCCGGGCUCCUCUGUGCUGGAGACGGAAGAUCGCAUGAUCUCAGGCCACGAGGGCACCUACAUCUGCCUGGACGCCCUUCCCGAGACCCCGACGCAGGAAUCCUGUCGCAUCUACUCCUUCGGCAUCAACCGCAACGACAUCAAGUUUGAGACUGUGAUGGGGCAGCGCGGGUGUCGUGUUCACCUGCUCAUGGCCAAUACGGAAUACAGCUACUCGCGCCUCAAGCCUAACGUGUACCUGUACCCGCUGGAGCUCACCGUCUCCCCUAGCCUCAACAACUACACUCUGGACGGCUUCCUCGAUCUCCUCACACACAUGUGGAAGCCCAUCCAUUACGUGAAGACCACCACGCGAGGCAGCGAAUGGACCUUCCUGAAGACCCUCUACCUGUCAGGCUACGAGGCGUACACCCACGUCAAGCAGAUCAGACUACUCCUGCACCUUCCCUACGCCACGGACGAUCACUUCAAGGACCUGGAGAGCCUGUAUCAUCUCCUGCUGGGGCUGGAAUACUAUGGUUACCGCCUGGUGCACUCCCGCCCCAUCCCCGACUCCAUCUACAUCAUACACAACCUGCAGCGACACGUGGCCACCAAGUAUGAGACAGUGUGGAUACGAGAGUAGCGCAGCAAAGCGAUGGGAGAACCAAGGAAACGGUGAUAUUUGUGCAGUCUCGCUUAUUUCACUCUUAAGGAUGAUUUUUUUAUUUUUUUUAUUACAAGAUAAUGUAUACACCUAAAAGAAUGAACGCUUGUAAUCUUUAAUAAUUAAACUAUUACC